AAGGCUUCCAGCCGUCCACCGACCACGCAGCCGACGGUUCACACCACGGGCACACACCACACACCCAGCCAGUCGACCGACGACAUGACCCGCCGCCGGCCCCGCCCCCGCCGCGCUGCGCCACCGGCGGCGCUGGAAGUCGACGACCUCCUCCGGAAGAUUUUCCUACUCCUUCCCCCUCAGCCAUCUACCUUGCCCCGCAUCUCCGCCGUCUGCAAGCAGUGGCGCAGCGUCGUCACCGACCCCCGGUUCCUCCGCGGCUUCCGCGACCACCACAGGAUACCUCCGGUCCUCGGCCUCGUCAUGGGGUACACCGGGCACCCCUUCUUCAGGUCCAAUCUCAGCUCUCCAGAUCUCAUCCCGCAUGAGUGCUUCUUCCCUCCAGACAUCCUCAAUCACUACUAUAUGGAGUUGAUGGGCUGCCGCCAUGGGCGCGUCCUCUUUUUUGACCGGAGGCUGCUUAAGAUCAUGGUGUGGGACCCAGCCACCGGAGACCGCCGUUGUGUGGCCGUCCCACCAAGGUUCGACGACAAGGAGAUUGUCGUCUUCAACGCCGCGGUGCUUUGCGCUGCCAGCGACGAAGGUCACGUCCAUGGGGAUUGCCACUCGAGCCCCUUUCAGGUCAUCUUGAUAGGCAUCCACUUAGAAGAAAAUCGAGCAUUUCCCCCGAUCUACUCAUCCGAGACCAGAACAUGGGGGGAUGCCAUCUCAACAGUAGGAAUUCAAUAUACCAAUACGUAUGAUAUGAGUGGUAUGACUAGUCCGGCUACCCUUGUUGGGAAUUCUCUUUAUUGGCUGUUUGAUUGGUAUAAGGAUGGCAUGCUUAUAUUUGAUUUGGACAGACAGAGCCUAGUUUGUAUUGAGAUGCCGGAUUUGUUGCACUAUAGUUGCUCGAGCAUCUUUCAGGUCAUGCCGGCAGAUGACAGCACUAGCAUUAUUCGCCUUGCUAUUCUGCACUACCAAGAAUUCGAAAUGUGGGAGAGGAAGGUGGGUUGUGAUGGUGUUGCUGGAUGGGUGUUGCAGGAGACCUUUCAAAUGAACACAAUCCUCGGUCUAGAGCGUAUGGGGGGAAGGAACAAUCUGAUAUUGGGAUAUGAUGAAGAUGAUCAUGUGAUUUAUGUAAGCACAGACAUAGGUGUCUACAUGAUUCAACUCGAAACAAUGCAGUUCAAGAGUCUUGGUAAAGAUAAUUUCACGACCACCCACUAUUAUCCUUACAGAAGUUUCUAUACUGCAGUGAGUGACUUGGCAGUAUGCGAGCGGAGGAUCAGUGGCAUCUGUGCACCGGUGGCAAAGGAUGAUACCUGCAUGGCUGCUGCUUCAAGAGGAGUGGGAGCAGUAGGAGGUAACAACCGAGUUGCCUCGAGUGGAACCAUAUUGGAAGGAGGGAAGUUCGGCAAGUCAAAGCACAUAGUUCAAGGAAUGGACGCAGACCUUGUUCCGAGCCGGGUACUAACACAAACUCGAAUUGACGUGUUGUUCAAGAAGGAGAUGGAAACCAGAUCAAAACUUGACAAGGCUUGGGCCAAAUGGUUUCGUGCCAAUGGUAUUCCUGGAAGCAAAGCAGACUGCCCACAUUUCCGCAGUGCCAUGAAGCUAACACGGCAGCUAGGUAACUGCACACAUGUUCCUACAGGUGAUGGAAUAGAUGACGCAGAUCUGGAUGCCAACGAGGAAGAACUUCCAUAACUACAUGGAAAGGUUAACUACUUGCCAUGGGCUGAUAACUCCCGCUUUUGUAAGUCCGGCGUAUUUAGUCAAGUGUUGCCUCAUGAACCGUAGUUCUUCUGAACCUUGUUUGCCUAUAAACUUUGAUGUAGUGCUUUUGAGUUGGUGAUGUGACAUUUUCUAAUUUCGUCAAGUUUGAUGUACUGAACUAUCUUAUCACUAAGUACAAGCAGGUAUUGUUCAUACCAUUUUUUAUGUUGA